GUCCUGUCUGUCUGUCUGUCUGUCUGUCUGUCUGUCUGUCUGUCUGUCUGUCUGUCUGUCUGUCUGUCUGUCUGUCUGUCUGUCUGUCUGUCUGUCUGUCUGUCUAUGACGUCUCAUAUCUACAUUUAUAAGCGUUCGACAAGAAAAAUUACAAUGAACAAACACAUCACAGCACAAACACUGAUUCUAAACUAGUACCACCUCAUGUAUCAAGCACCACUCUUUCCCCACAGAGCCAUGGAGGAACUAUACAUGAUGCCCAGCAUCGACGCCACCAUCACCAACGCACGCUCUCGAUCCCCCAGUCUACGCUUCGAUUUCACGUUCCCUGCCAAGCCAGCUGAAGACGUGGAUAGCAACGAAAACGACGAAAGCAACGAUAACAACGAGAACGACGACGCCGACGACGACGAAAACAUCAGCACCGCCGCCAUGGACGGCGGCAGCAAUACAAUUGACAUCAGCGACAUCAGCAUAACCCCCAACCCCUCGCCACACCAGCAGAUCCCGCAGUCCCUAUCCGAAAACCCCUGGUCUGAGACAAGCACCACCACCUCCCCAACGCCCUCCACCGCCGCCACAAUGACGAGGCUAAAGCGAAUCUCAAACCACGACGUAAGCAUGCGCGAGCGCAGACAAGAGGCGAAUAUAUUCAAGCGGCUUAGUAUGGGCUCUACUAAGGACAUGGCAUACGAAGAGGGAGAGGACGAUGGGCCGCCGUCGCUGCUGCUGGCGACGAUGCAGUCGUACGAGAAGAUCCACGGGUCCAAGUUGAGGAAGAUUGGCGGGCAGGGGGAUUUGCGUGGACAGAGUGUGGUGGAGAGUGGGGUGGUGCGUGAUGCUGGUGGGCAUGCGAGGGUACCUGUGUCGAGGAUUGUGCGUAAGCCUGUGCCGGAGAGGAGUGUGUGUUCUGUUGCUGUGCCGUUGGGAGAGAGUAGUAGUCUCAGUUCUGUUACGGUGCCGGAAGUGCCGAAGGAGCCAGAGAGAGCGACGACGCCGGUCUCGACACAGACGCCUUCGCCGUUAACAAGAGAGCUGACGAAGACGAAGACAAAGGACGCUCGGGAGAAGAAAAAAUCCGAUGCCGCGAGCGCGAGCGCGAGCCGCAAGGACAGCGGCAACAGCAAUAGCAAUGCCAUCACAACACUUCUGAACUGGGCGCGCCGCAAGAGCAGUUCCAAGACGGCGAAACGGAGCAGCGUCGACGUCGUCGGGGACAGUGACGACCGCGAAGAGCCGUACCCGAACGCACCCCCGCCGCCCAAUCCGGAUAUCUUCCCGGAUAUAGACGAACUCGACACCGUGUUGGCGAAGAAGAAUGCGGCGAAACGCAAGACAAAGGACCACAAGGCUGCUAGAAUGGGGGAGAAGAUCCUGCUUGGUGAGGCGCGGUGUAUGCGUAACGAGGGCGAAGAUGCGGUGCUGUUGCAGAAGAAACUCGAGUCUGUUGCACGUAAGAGUAGUCGUGCAAAGUCUGCAAAUGAUGACGGUAGUGCGUCGCUUAUGAGUGGUAUUAUGCGGACCAUGACGGCGCCGGCACGAGUGUCUGGUAAGGGGAAAGAGAAAGUCGUCGUGCAGCACAAGGAUGAGGACGAGGAUGAGGCGGCUUUGAUGCCGCAGCUCACCCUACCCGAUAUGAGGAGCAAUCCGUGGGAUUACUUUGGCUUCUGCCUUGCACCUGGCUACAAGCCCGACCUGGGCGAAGCAGCGACUCGGUUUCAGGGGCUUGAACGCGCAAUCGGCCAUCUUCCCACCGCGGAUCUUGGGCUUUCUUCUGAUCGUUACGACGCCCAAAGCCGUAGUUUCCUCGAUCGAGACGAUGAUGAGGACUGUGUCGAUAUGGAUUUGAGUGAUCUCACUGAGGUGGACCUGAUGGGCGACAUGGCGCGGCGCUUCCCGGAGCUGAACCAGCUGCAAGCAACAACAACAGCGACACAAAAAGUCUCGUCCGAAGCGGUUGAAGGUUCUUGUGCUGCCGUCUCGUCGCCAUCUCCACCAUCUUCCGAUAAUCAGUUUUCUGGCCACUGGGUUGCUGAGCUGGCAAUGCGCUCACUGGGCGACCUGUCAAUGGUGUCCACAGCGGCGUCUGACCCACUGGCCCAAUUCAACUUUACGGACGGCACAUACCAGAUCGAUGAUGGCACCGCAAGUAACGAAGGAGAUGCAGAUCGAACGCAUUCCAGCCUCGGCGUAGAUUUUGGCCCACUGGAUAACAUUGGCCGCGCAUUCACAGACAGCCCCAAUGAGGGCAACGAGACUCCAGUGUCCCAGACUGGCAGCGAUAGUGAUUCUCUCCUUGAACUGGACGUCACACCAUCGGGCCGCGGUCGGAGCAGACGUCGAAUGGCGAGUAUGUUUCCCGGCUUCACGCCAGAGACACGCAAACACACCCCCUCUCCCUUGCAACGCACGCUGAAGUCAAAGUCGAAGCUGAAGAAACCCUCGGUUUCCCACUCAGUGCCGGAUUUCGAGGAUCUGGCAAUCAAUUGGACCGACGUAAACCCUUUCCUGGACUAUGAGGACUGGGAAGACCGCCCGAGCUUUGCAUUGCGCAGGGAUGAUGGGCAUGGAGAUGAUAAUGGUGAUGAUGAGAGCGGAGAGCCAGCGAGCCCUUCGCCAAAGAAGAAGCAUAGAGACGGCUCCUUCUCAACCAUGAGACAGGCGUUUGGUUUCGGACCAGCGAAGCCUGAACCCGCGCGCGACGGAUGCCACGAAGCAUCGGCGCAGAAACCGCAGGAGGACGCCGUCUCUCAGCCCCUGGGCGCUCUCCCAGAGAUGCAAGACUCAAGCUCAGCGAGUCCCUCGACAUCCCGUCUGCGCCUCGACGAGAGUGGUUCUACCGGCCUAACGCUGUCGAUGUUCCCGGCGCAGACAGCCCCUGUUCCUCGCGUCCUGCCCAUAUGCAUCGCGCACGAGCAAAACGAGCGUUUCAACAUCACCGUCCAGGAGAUUAGCUCGUCGGCAUGCUCGACAACGGCAUCCGCACGGGAUGCCAGUACCAGGAGGCAAUCCAAGCCGACUCCGUCCAAGAAACUCGGACUGUUUGGCCUUGGUCUUGUCCGUGGAUUCGGUCUAGGCCGCGCAAAAGGCGCGCGCCAGCCCAAGGGUAAGGAGUCCGCUAUGUCGGUAGACAGGAUGGCGAAACACGAUUCUACCAGCUCGUUGAGGCUUGUUCGUCGCACUGGAGAUGAUGGAUGUGUUAUUGGGCCCGUGGAGCGCGAGAUGAGAGGGCCUCGGAUUCGGCACAUAAGCUGGAUUCCGGAGGAUUGGGUGCCGCUUGCGCGUUCGCGGGUACAGAGUGGGGAGGCUGAGGAGAGUCGCCGUCCGGCUGUUGGUGUACAGCCAGUCACUGCGUGGCCUGCUUCUCCUGAGCUGCCACUGCUUGACGACAGUCUAGUCGAGGACCAGAUGUAUACCGAGGGUGCUCAGAUGCAAUUCUGCACGCGUUUCGCCUCUGCUCACUCGUUCCGGCCCCAGCUCUCGACGAUCCCGUCGAGUGCUGCUACUACCACGACCACCAACAUGGGCGCCAGCGGCCGCAUGGCCAGACGUCGUCUGAGCUCCGACGAUAUGUCAGCGCUGGACCUCAACGACAGCGACGCCCUGCUAGACGCCGGCGACGGUGAUACGGCUGCCGUGCAAGAACAGUCCUCAAAGCCACACGUCGCCAAUAACAACAAAAAGUCUGGUCCAGAACGUACACCCAUCCACAUCCGCACGUCCUGGCCCACGGUCCCAGUUGCAGAGAUUGGUGUGGCAUUGAGCACGAAUAACGCGUGUCGUGCUGCUGCUCCGCCAACAGAGCCUCAGGCGGCCGACGCGCGGAGGAAUAAGAGCGAUAGCGGGCAGUGGAUUCGCGCAUUUCUAAGUGAUGACGAUCCGCGUAAGGCUCGGGCAUCGAAUUUACAGGCAGCAGCGACGGCGGGAGGGGAGCCUACUGUCCCUAUUCCUGCUCCUGCUCCUGCUCCUGUUGCUGCUGGUGCUGGUGCUGCUGGUAAUGGUCCAGAGUACUACUAUUCGGCGGAUGAGGACGUGGAGGAAGAAGCUGGAGACAAUGAGGGUGAGUCGUCCUUGUCGUCAUCGUCGGAUGAGCAGGUUGGCAGUGCGGAGAUGGUGAGAGAAGACAAAGGGAAGGGCAGGUGCUAUAGGCGUCGUCAUGGCUGGGGUCGGACGCGUGAGUUGAAGGUCGUGAAUGGGACCAGUGCUGAUGCGCAACUGUCUGUCGAUGGAGAAGAGGAGGAGAUUGCUGUCCCAGGAGCAUUUGGGAAUGAAUUGUGA